UGGGUGGCGUCGUUUUUCAGGCAUAUUCAUAGCGCAGCGAGUAUCAGCACUGGGCGGGUGUGAAAAAACCUAUCGGAAAGGGCUUAUUUUGAAUAUUGUGUUUUAAGAAAUAAUAUAUAAGAGAUACAUUUGUAUCUUAUACAAGCAAUACAUUAUUUAGUUUGAAGCGUGAGGCGAGUGGAGAAUCGUGAGAGGCGGCGGCGUCAUCUUUUCAGGACCUUGGACAGAGCGCGCAUUUACAAUGGCACCAGUGGCAUCGGAAGAAGCUCAUUUCGCGGAGGUUCCUGUGAGUGUGGCUAUAGUGAGUGUGUUUAGCCUGGUCUUCACUGUUUCUAUCUUUGCAUGGAUUUGCUGUCAGCGCAAGGCUAACAAAACCAGUACCAAAACCCCACCCUAUAAGUUUGUUCACAUGCUGAAGGGGGUCGACAUCUAUCCUGAGAGCCUAAAUGGAAAGAAGUUUGGAGGAGAAAAGACACCAGACAAUACCCAUGGAAAACAGACCCUCAGUCCCACUAAUGGACGACUAGAUCUCCACCUCGACCUGGAAAAGCGAGAUCUUAAUGGAAAUUUCACCUGCAAGCCACCAAAUCUCCAACUGAAGGUGCGCAGCUCCCCAGACCUAGACAUCCCAUCCCUUCAAGCAGGGUGUGGACAGGGUGGUAAUCAGGAGGCUGGUACUCCAGAAAGCAAUGUUUCCAGUCAGACACCAACACCCGCUGUGGAGAAAUCUCAGGAUAAGGUGGGCGGCCUGGGUACGCUCUCCUUCUCCGUUGAAUACAAUUUUGAGAAGAAGGCAUUCAUGGUUCACAUCAAGGACGCCAACGGAUUGUCUCCCACUGAUGAACAAUCGUUGACCUCUGACCCUUACAUUAAGUUGACCUUGCUGCCCGAGAAGAAGCAUAAGGUGAAGACACGUGUUCUGAGGAAGACUCUGGAUCCAACCUUCAACGAGACUUUCAGCUUCUACGGAAUUUCAUAUGCACGUGUUUCCCAGCUGACUUUGCACUUUAUGGUGCUCAGUUUUGAUCGUUUUUCACGUGAUGAAGUAAUCGGAGAGACCUCUGUUCCUUUGGCUGACAUUGACCUCUCCGAGGGGCGGGUCCUCAUGAGCCGGGACAUUAUUAAAAGGAAUGUCAGGAACAGUGCAGGUCGUGGUGAGAUGCUUCUGUCCCUGUGUUAUCAAUCCACCACCAGCACUCUGACUGUGGUGGUACUGAAAGCGCGUCACCUGCCCAAGACCGAAGCCAACAGACCCUCAGAACCUUACGUGAAGGUGAACUUUUACCAGGGAAAGAAGCGAGUGUGUAAGAAGAAGACGCACGUUAAAAAAUGUGCUCCUAACCCCGUCUUCAACGAGCUCUUUGUUUUCGACCUGCCUUCGGAAGAUGGUCUGCGAGACACCAGCGUGGAGCUCCUUCUCCUUGACUCCGAAAGGACGUCCCGCACACCCGUCAUUGGCCGGCUUCUCCUCGGCACCUCCUCUCCUGGCACUGCCGGUGAGCACUGGCGCGAGAUAUGCGAUCACCCGAGGCGACAGAUCGCUAAGUGGCACGUGCUGUCCGAAGACUAGCUCGAUUGGUUGCCAUGCCAACUGGAGUCCAGAAACUGUAAUUUAAAUUCAUGGAUGAAUGGGUGGGACUUAAACUUGUCACAAGUAAUUUCCUCUGUCCAGCAACUGAUCUCAGUAGUCAUAUCAUUGGGGUGGAGCUUCUACUGAAGGGGGAGGCACCCGCUGAUCGCAAAUCAUUCCAAAGAUUCUAUGAUCCCCAAUGAUGCUUUUUCUUCAUGCUUCAUUCAAAACCUGAUUGAUCGCCACCUUGCGCAGUAACGAAUGUCAUUAAAGUUGCUAAUGCGGUUCUUGUCUACUCACUGUUAAUAAUAGUCAAUCAUGCGAUACAAUUAAAGAAAAUCCUGGGAAUGUGAUGAUGUAAAAUAACUGAAUGUUCUGUUUAUUUUCUUAAACAAUGCUUUUAUUCUUUAUUUAUUAAGUGUAAAUUUAGUUAUUCACUUAUUCUUUUAUACUUAAUUUAUUGACUGUUGUUAUUUUUUGCCUGAAUACAUUUUGUAAAUGGCGUGGGUGGAGCCUAAAUUAGGCACAGACAAGCAGAGGUUAAGGUAAUAUGGCAGAACAACUAUACCAACUGAACUGAAAAGACCGCAUGUAGUGUGCGUGUAAAUGUAUGAAUUUGACGUGUGUCUGUAUGUAUCUGUGUAUAUAAAUGUGUGUAUGUGUGUUUUUCCAGUUCCGGUGGAGUAAGAGGAUGUGUUUUUCUCUUCACUGUGAGAACAAUGGUGGAAGUGACGUGUAUGUCUUAAUAUAAAACAUCCAGGUCUGAGAAAGAAAUGUCUCCUUAAGUCAUUAAAAAAA